AUGCAAGCUUACCUUAAAGCUUAUCAGCAAAAGACAUCUCUUUAUAAUAUUGCAAGAGAUUAUGAAAAAGAUAGUAUUAAUUUAAUUAUUUAUAAGACUGAAACUGAAACCCAAGAAGUCAAAACCUUGCAGACUCCAAAAACACUACACUCAGGUACUUGCAUAACUCAACUUCCAAAUGGCAAGCUAUUCUGUUUUGGUGAUGAUUAUCCAUAUUCUGGGGCUACAGUGCUAAUUGAUGUGAAUGGUGGAGUCGAAGUGCUGCCGUCUGGAACUCCUUGCAGAUGCUCAUCGUGUAUAUAUUUUAACAGCAGCGUCUAUUGCUUUGGAAGAAAAACUUGAAAUGAUUGUUUAACUCUAUCUAGAAGAUUCGAUUUGAAUCAAAAUCGAUGGAUUCAACUAACUCCAAUGCCAAAAGCUGAUUGCAUGUGCAAUAGUAUAAUAUACGUAAUUUCAAUAGAUAGCCCUAUCAGUGGGUGAAUUGCUAGUUAAAAUUGCAAUUUUUCCGACCAAAAUUAUUAGUUUUUUUAGGCCAAAUUGAGAACUCAGCGGGUAAUUAACCCACUGAUAGCGCUAUUAAAGGGAAUUUUCUUAUUUAAUGGAAAUAUUUUGAUUUCUGGAUAUGUAACUAGAAAUCUUUUGCUAUACUCAAUUGAUAUUGACUCUUUCUCGACAAUCCCUUGUGAGUUUAAAAGGGAGAUAAAGAUCCUGAUAAAUGCAGAGAGACUAUAUUUGAUUGAAUGCCCUGGGUCAAUCUAUGAAAGCGAAAUCGGAAGCUACUCGAAUUGAAGACGAAUAGGAAAAUCAAGAGUCGGCCAUUUUAUGCAAGUGUAUUGCUCAUAUAAUAAAGGAGGAAUAUACAUCUCAACUAUUUAUGGAUCUGAUAUGCAAUAUUAUUAUUUUAAUUUACAUCAAAAAAUUACUAUUGAUUUCGCAUACUAUAAUGAACAUGUCUCACUUAGAAGAGUGGGUAAAAAGAUUGAAGCAAUAAAAUGAAUGAACCAGAAUUUUAAGCUCGGUCCUUAUUAUCUGGAUGAGUGAAAUCUAAAAGGAGGAACUCUAAACAUUUUAGGAGAAAAUCUAGAAGCAAUCGAAUGCUGUGAGGAAGAAAUCAAAAGCAAUCCAAACAAUCCUGAUUUUUACAAUGAAAAAGGCAACGUUUUUUAUGAGUUAAAAAGAUACUUACUCCUCCGUGGGCGAACAAAAAAAUUUUGUUCGCUCACGGGGGUUAAUUUUUUUUAUAAAAAAAUUAUAUAGAAAUUUUAUAGAAUUUUUUUUUUUCGAAAUUAAAAAAGUUCCAUUUUCUUAAAAUUGGAAAGCAAAUAUUAAUUUAAUUUGUAAAAUUUAUGUUUUAAUGCGAAUUUGUUUAAAAAUUAAACAGAAUUAGCUGGGUUUCAUGAUAAUAGUUAUCAUUUAUAUAUCAAAAUUUUUUUUCAUAAAAAAUUUUUGUUCACUCACGAGGGUAGCUUUUGGUCAAAAAAUAGGGAUUUUCUAAUGGUUUUGUUCGCUCACGGAGGGGGGAAUUAGAAGCAAUAGAAUGCUAUGACAAAGCAAUCAAACUCAAUCCAAGGAAUCAUAACUUUUACAAUAAUAAAGGCAAAGCUUUUUGUGAUUUACAAAAAUAUCUAGAAGCAAUCGAAUGCUAUGACAAAGCAAUCAAACUCGAUCCAAGCAAUAUUUAUUUAUACAAUAAUAAAGCCAAAGCUUUUUAUAAUUUAAAAAGAUAUCUAGAAGCAAUCGAAUGCUAUGACAAAGCAAUCAAACUCGAUCCAAACGAUGCUGAUUUUUACUGGAAGAAAGGAUAUGUGCUAAAUGAAUUAGGAAGCUAUCCAGAAGCAGUAGAGAGCUAUAACAAAGCAAUCAAAAUCAAUUCAAACAUAGCCAAGUUUCAUAAUGAUAAAGGAAACACUCUUUUUGCUUUAGAGAGAUAUCAAGAAGCAAUACAAUGCUAUGAUGAGGAAUCAAACUUCAGCCUAAAAAUCCUUUGCAUUUUUGCAGCCGAGCUAGAGUAUUAA